CAAUGUUCCGCCUCUUUUUGUGUGAAGAGGAAUAAUGCAUUCAUUCAAUAAGUACAGUGGGAAAUAUUGUGCCACAUUCGACAUUUAUCAAUAUCACAGGAUCCAUUUUAUAUGAUUGAGUUAAAUUUUCCGUCACAUCCACUUCCGGUUACUCUCGAGGAAGACGUUCGUUAGAUUAUCGUCGCGUCACCACGACAGGAGAGGAAAGAUAAUAUAUUUUAUAGUAUUUGUCUACAUUGGUGACGGCGGUGAAACACAUUAAAGCAUGAGUCAGAGGACGGAGCGUCGUGGCAUCCAUGUGGACCAGUCGGAGCUCCUGUGCAAAAAGGGAUGCGGUUACUAUGGCAACACGGCCUGGCAGGGCCUGUGCUCCAAGUGUUGGAGGGAGGAGUACCAGCGGGUUCGGCAAAAACAGAUCCAGGACGACUGGGCCCUAGCUGAAAAGCUGCAGCGAGAGGAGGAGGCGGCUGCAUACGCCAGCAGUCAUGGGGUGCCAGCCCAGACCCAGUCCACGCCAACCACCCAUUCCUCUCUCGGACCCUUCUCAAAGUUUGAGGAGAAGAAAACCAACGAGAAGACACGGAAAGUCACGACAGUCAAGAAGUUUUUCAGCCCGUCGUCACGCACUGCUUCCAAGAAAGAAUCUCCUGAGGUGAAGAUGACCAGUCCGUCCAUGAGCCGCCACGCUAGACUGGACUUUGACUCUGACCAGGUCUCCAGGGACUUUGUGGAGUUCUUGAAGAACUUCCAGCGGCCCGGCCGGGAGAUCCACAAACAGUGUCGGAGCUUCCUUCUCAGCAUGUCCGGCAAGAAGGACUUGAAUGCAGAAGAACUAUCAGAGUGUGUUCAGGACUUCUACCAGAGCAUGGCGGACCGCCUUACCAGUCACUUCAAAGGUGGGCAACAAAAGCGUCUUCUCAUCGUCUUCAUGAAUGUCAGCAAUAGCUGUAAAUGUUGGUUGGGUUCUCCAGGUUCCUCCGAGGCUGUAGAGCAGGUGAUGGACCAGGUGGAAAAGUACAUCAUGUCUCGUCUGUACAAAAGCGUUUUCUGCCCAGAAACAACCGAUGAUGAAAGGAAGGACCUCGCCAUGCAGAACAGGAUCAGAGCUCUACACUGGGUCAACAUCCAGAUGCUUUGUGUGCCGAUGGAUGAGGAAAUCCCGGAAGCGUCAGAAAAUGUGGUUAAAGCCAUAACAGACAUUAUCGAGAUGGACUCCAAGAAGGUUCCCCGCGACAAGCUGUCGUGUGUCACCCGCUGCAGCAAGCACAUCUUCGCUGCCAUCAGGAACACCAAAAGCGAGCCGGCGUCGGCGGACGACUUCCUCCCCGCCCUCAUCUACAUCGUGCUCAAAGCCAACCCGCCAAGACUCCAGUCCAACAUCCAGUACAUCACGCGCUUCUGCAACCCCAGCAGGUUGAUGACAGGAGAGGACGGAUACUACUUCACCAACCUGUGCUGUGCAGCAGCCUUCAUCGAGAAGCUGGAUGCUCAGUCCCUCAACCUCACCCCAGAGGAAUUUGAGUGCUACAUGUCAGGCCAGGCCUCGCCCCGAGUUCCCAACCCGGGGGGGAACGAUUGGCACCACCGCGACACCCUGCCGUAUCCCGCAGAGCCUCCAAGCCCUGCGCUUGCCCAGCUCCACCGCAACUUGGAGCUGCUGUCGGGCCUCUGCAGUCGCCAGGAGACCCUGAUUGGGGAGGCCCAGAGGCUGAGGGCCGACCUGCUCUCCUGGCCCGACAGCGUGCAGCGCGAGGUUCACGGCGUCAUGGAGAAAUACCCCCUGAAGGUGCUGGGCUGCACCGUGUCAGCCAUGGACGACAAUGCCGACAACAUAGACAAUGACCUGCUGCCCUUACCGCUCACGCCGCAGGUGUUUGCCGGGUAAUGUUGUUCACACACACACACACACACUCCUGCUCGGAAAAGUCCACACGUCACCUGUGUUUCGUGUUAAAUGAUUAACUCCUACUCCUACUACAUCUGAAGCCGAGCUUCUUCACGACCUUCCCUACUUUCAAUCAAAAGUGAAGAAAGUUGGAGAAGUUCAGGUCAUUAUUUUUACAUUUUACACACUAGGAAAAAACACUAUUUUUUAAUUAACGUAAAUGUAUUUAAUUAAUGUACCGUAGGUGGACUAAGUACGGAACACUCCUAUACAAGGCCACAACAUUAGGUACACCUGCAACCUACAAACUUCUGCCUUUAAAGUCUUGUUUUCUACAACCAAAGUAUUACAAACAGCUCCAAGUAGUGCAGAGGCUGCAUCACUAGAAGUUUGGGGUGGACUGGUGUACCUAAUGGAGUACGCACACGCACUUAGCAUACAUAAUCCUGAUACUUGUCACAAGCGCAUGACCAAACUCACUCCAAGAGUACUUUUUAAAAAGAAUAACUUGACUACACCUGCACACCUCUAAUUGUGUUUAAACUUGAAUGUGUAUAUAUGUUGAAUUCAAACAGUAUUUUAGCGGGGCGAUGUUCACUGUGGGAGGAAGUCAAAGGAAUUGCAUUUUGAAAAAUGAAAAUAAAUCCACAAAACAUGAAUGCUUGUGUAUUUGCUGCCCAAUAAUAAGUUUUCACAAAUGUGCAAUGUUACUGUUUAUUUAGGAUAUUUAUGAUACUGUCGGGUGAUGUGAGGUUUUUUUAGUUUACUGCAACAUCUCUCUCCAGCCUCUCCCAUGUGCAAAACAGUGAGAAAAAAGCAGUUUUAAAGGGCCGUCGAGUGAAGUCAGCAUAAAGGAAAGUCAUGGCUUACCUUGUGGAACUUUCCACAAAGCUUCAAGGGAAGGGGUUGUGGUGUGAGUGGGUGGUGGGGCUGGACUUGAAGAAGAACUCGUCAUUGGUUUCAACUGGAGCUUUGCAUCCUUUUCGUAUGUGCUUCUCCUCA